AUGGCGGAAAAUUUGAAAGAAUGCCAAGUGGCCUGCAAGGCUACACUGGAGCAACUGGAGACUGUUUGUCGAGAAGAGGGUGUCAUCUGCAAAGAUCUGGGAAUCAACAAAUACAACCUUUGUGAUUUUGAGGUUGAGUAUCUCUGUAACUACAAGAAAGUAGUUGUUUCAAAUGGAAAGACACCGGGAAGAACGCCAGAAGUACAGGAGUUCUAUUUAGUAAAAUGGAAGGGUUACCCAGAGUCCAUGAGCACGUGGGAGCCGCGGAAGAAUCUGAAGUGCGUGGACUUGCUCACACAGUUUUGGGAGGACGUGCACAAGGAGCUCAAGAGGCAAAAAAAGAGGAGCAUCCCCAAGAAGCUCGAUUCCGCCAUAUCCUCACAUUUGGUUCAGAAAGCCAAGCAUCGUCAGAUCCUUCGACAGUGGGAGGUCCAUCUCAACAGCCUUGGAACCCACAAGGGCCGUAUAUCUGUUUGUAACGAAGUGGACUCGGAGGGACCGCCUAAGAACUUCACAUACAUUAAUGACUAUAAGGUUGGGGAGGGCAUUACACUAACUGAAGUGGCGGUGGGUUGCGAAUGCACCGACUGCCUGGACAACCCCGUGGACGGGUGUUGCGCCGGUGCGUCCCAGCACCGUUUUGCCUAUAACGAUUCGGGUCAGGUUCGCAUUCGGCCGGGGAUGCCCAUAUACGAAUGCAACAAGAGAUGCCGCUGUGGACCAGACUGUCCGAACAGAGUGGUUCAGCGUGGCAUCCAGUACUCACUCUGCAUCUUUCGGACUGACAACGGCAGAGGUUGGGGAGUGCGCACGAUGGAACGCAUCCGUAAGAAUACUUUUGUGAUGGAAUAUGUUGGAGAGAUCAUCACGACGGAGGAAGCAGAAAGGCGAGGUCACAUCUAUGAUAGAGAGGGCGCCACCUACCUGUUUGACCUGGACUACGUUGAUGAUGAGUACACCGUGGAUGCAGCUCAUUACGGAAACAUCUCUCACUUUGUUAAUCAUAGUUGUGACCCAAAUCUUCAGGUGUACAACGUGUUCAUAAACAACCUGGAUGAGAGACUACCGCGGAUAGCUUUUUUUGCCACCCGCACAAUCAAGACAGGGGAAGAGCUCACCUUUGACUACAAAAUGCAGAUUGAUCCUGUCGAUGCAGAAAGUACGAAGAUGGACUCUAAUUUCAGUUUGACUGGACUCCCUGGAUCCCCAAAAAGAGAAUGCGUAUAG